AUGAGAAGGACAGAGCAGGAGAAUAAAACAGCUGUGGUGGAAUUCUUCAUCCUUGGUUUCCAAAGUAUUCCAGACGUACAGUUUAUGCUCUUCUUGAUAUUUCUAGUGAUUUAUAUUAUAACCUUGUUACGGAAUCUCCUGGUUGUGGUGCUGGUUGUGACUGACGAUAACUUCCAUAACCCCAUGUUCUUUUUCUUGGGGAAUCUGUCAUUCCUGGACACUUGUUACACUUCCACCAUUUUGCCCAGGAUUCUGGGCACUUUUCUAACGGACAAAUAUGUUAUUUCACUCCAUGGUUGUUUCCUGCAGUACUUCUUCACUGGGCUGGCAGGCGCAGAGUGUUGCCUGCUGACUGUCACAUCCUAUGACCGGUACACUGCGACAUGCAAACCGCUGCAUUACACGGCCAUCAUGAACAGCAGGGGCUGCCUCCAGCUGGCAGCUGGAUCCUGGCUCACUGGGCUCUUGGCUGGUGCCGUGGUCACCUCUCUGAUGUCACAGCUGACUUUCUGUGGCCCAAAUGAAAUCGAUCAUUUCUUCUGUGACUUUGCACCCGUGGUUAAGCUCUCCUGCAGUGAUACCCACUGGAUUGAGCUUGUAACAUUCGCCUUGGCCUCCCUUUUGACACUACCACCAUUUCUCUUGACACUCAUAUCUUAUGUGUACAUUAGCAACACUGUCCUCAGGAUCUCAUCCUCCGUGGGAAGGCAUAAGGCUUUUUCUACCUCUUCUUCCCACUUCACUGUGGUGACAGUUUUCUAUGGGACCCUGAUUUUUGUGUAUGUGGUACCAAAACCAACCACAUUUGGAAACCUCCACAAAGUGUUCUCUGUGUGCUACACAGUUCUGACUCCACUGGUCAACCCCCUCAUAUAUAGUUUAAGAAAUAGCAACAUAAAGAAGGCUUUGAGAGCAGUUGUUAACAAAUAUCGUGGUUUUGCUAAGGCAUGA